AUGGAGGCGAUCAAAGGCGACGUGACGCCACCCAUGUGGAGCCGAAAAAUGACGUCCGUCCCGUCGGACUGGUGGAAGUUCUUAGCCGAUCAAAGGGGUGGAGACUCAAGUCUGGUGCGUGGGCAGCUGGUGAAAGUGCAACAGAUCCAGGCCUCCACGUCCGCCUUCGCGGCUCUUCGCGCCGAUGGCGUCAUCAUCGCCUGGGGCGCGCCGGAUUGUGGAGGCCACUUCCGAAAUGCUGGGCCAAGUGACACUUUUGUCAGUGAUUUUUCCCGCGUCUGAGGACCGACUUGCACGCUUCCAUUAAUGGUAAGCCUCAGAAUUGACCGAGUCGUCGUUGGCGGAAGCGCCACUGUACAUAAACUGGGCAACCAGUGGGGCGACUAAAAAAUCAGGGCUUGGUGAGACCGAGCUUUGA